AGUAGAAAAAUGCACCGAAUGCCCGUAUAUCACUCGUUAUCCUGGUGAUAUAAAGGGGCAUUUAGCGAUGCAUGUUGGAAAACGGGAAUUCGCCUGUACGGAAUGUUCGUACAGUACCAAACGAGCUCACGCACUCGAAGCCCAUCAACAGCUUCAUGUCGCUGAAAAACAAGACGCUUCUGUUGUAGCACAAGAGGUCGCGAGCAAUGGUUCAGCGCCAGCACCGAAAAAUAAUCGCCUGCUUUUACGUCGACGCGGGGAAAUUGUUGGUGAGCGAACAGGACGCGGCUUGCUGCGUAUUUAUACUUGUCGAUGGUGCCCUUAUCAAACACGACUGUGUACUGAACUUCAUGUACAUUACAACUAUGGCGCCGGGACAACCCAUUGCGUGGCAAGACAUCGCUUGUGUCACGCUAGUGCUGCUGAAAGCAAAGAUGCUGGAGAAGUUGACAAUUCAAAAACGGAAGAGCAAUCGAGGAGCAACGAAGCAGGAAAGCCGAAGAAAAUGGAAGAUGCUGAAAAUGAAGCAGAACCUUUGCGUUUUGAGGAAUCGCCUAAAACAAAACUCGCUAUUCUCAGGCAGCUCCAUGAUGAGUACCAACAGAAAAAGAGACAACGUGAAAUUGCAGAAGCCUCAGUGCCAGUGCUGCAGUGUGAAGAGUGCCCAUAUUCCACAAAGAACCAGGUGCUUUUCGAUUUACACAAAGAUAUGCACGAGCGGCCUGGUGGAAAAAAACGUCCACAUGCUUGCAAUAUAUGCUCGUUUAAUGUACGGAGCCCAGUGGCUUUACAACGGCACCUGAACCUUCAUAUACCAGCUGAAAUUCGAUCCAAGUUCGUACAGUUUUUCAUUGUUUUUCUCGUGAUUUUUUUACUUCUUUCUUCAUUAUUUUCUACUUAG